CCUCACAGUCAUAUUUUAAAUUUUAAUAUUUACUAUCUGGCAUUUUACAGAAAAAAAUUGCCUUGAUCUAGAGAAAUACAAGCACACCCCUGGGUAAACAUACAACUCUGUCAUGGACCUUACUCAUAAUUUUAUACACUAGCAUAAAGAUUAAAAAUCCAUUCUCUCAGUUAACAAUAAAUUGAAAAAUGAACAUUCAACACAGAACUCCAGUAUCUAAGGCUCUACACAACUCCAAGGUUCAAUUAAAAAACAUACUGGGCAGGUACUGGCUUUGCUGUCCUCUGAGUGUGUGCUCCUGGGAAUGGCAAGCUCAAAUUUUGAUAGCUGCAAAAAGGAUUUCUUUGAGGAUGAAUUAGAUGAAGGAAGUGUGAUUCUCACAUUGGUUCCAGUUAAUGAGCAACCUAAUGAAGAACAUCAAAUGGAACCAAGCAUUUCUUCAAUCUCGGAAGCAAACCUGGGGACUCCUAGGACAGAUGAUAAAGUUUAUCUUCCUCAAAUGUGUGAACAGUUCAAAGCUUGUCCAAAACCAAUCCUCCCCUUGCCAACCAUUUUGCCUUCAAUGAAUAAAGUGCGUUGGGACACUUUGCGGAACUGGUGCCAACAAUUUAAUCUGAGUACCGAUGGCAAGAAAAUAGACCUUUAUCUGAGGCUAAAGGAUCAUGCUUACUCUGAAGAAAACCAAGAGGACACACUGCAAUCAAGUUCAAAGAAAUGCAAGAUGGUGACCAAGAGAGCAAGGAGUAAGAAAAGUUGUAAGAUUAGUGAGAGAGAGGAUAUGACCAAUAGAGUUGAGGUGAUAACUUCAGCUCAGGAAUCCAUGUUGGCAGCAUGGGCAAGACUUGCUGCAAGAGCCAUUCAACCUAAGGCUGUGAAUUCAUGUCCCAUUCCUGUUUCUGCUGAGAACUUUCUGCUGCAAACCUCUGGUGUCAGGUGGUGUGUGGUCCAUGGCAGACCUCUCUUGGCAGACACACAAGGUUGGGUUCGUCUGCUGUUCUAUGCAGGUCAGCCAUGGGUGCCUGACACACCUAAAAAGAUGAUCUCUCUCUUCCUGUUACCGGCCUGCACUUUCCCAUACCCAGACCUAGAAGAUAAUAUGUUGUGCCCCGAAUGUGUUAAGAGGAAUAGAGGAUGAUGGAAAGAUUAACUACAAUGAAGAAGUAGAAGCAACCUGGUUUGAACACACCCACAUCAUUCCUUUUGGAUAGGCUAUUUCUUAAUAAAGAAUAAAUGAUGAAUAGCUCACAGAAAAAAAAAAUACUGGGCAAACACCGUUGUACCCUAGCUCCUUUCCCUCAGCAUAAAUUCUGUGAAAUGCUGUAUCUCCCCAUGUAUAAGACGCUCCCAUGUAUAAGAUGCACCUUAAUUUUGGGGCCUGAAAUUUGAAAA